AUCCCUAAAUCUCUCUCCGCUCUCUUUUCUGCACUUCCCUACUCACAUCCAACCCACUGAAUCUCUCUUCAACAGGGCAAGGCAGCCGCACAGAAGUCUCGGUAAGCUGCUGUUUCCACCGUUACAGAAUUUCCAUUUUCCUCUACCUUGUGUUUUCGCGUUUGCCCACUAAUUAGCAAAACCCUAGAGAUGAAGGGUGAAAGCGACGAACGAAGGAGUGAACGUAAGGUAGACGAGUCGUCAGAGGAAGAGGGGCAGUUUGUCAGAUAUCGGGAAGAGAAAGAAGAAGGCAGAAAACGUGGUGGCCGCCGUGGAAGUGACGAGGAAGAUCGGCAUCGCCGCAGAGAGAAAGAUCGUGGUGAAGAUUUAGAUUUAGAGCACGAAGAUGACAGGAAGAGGAUUAGGGAUAGGGAUAGGGUUAAGAGACAUAGAGAGGGUGACAAGGAGAAAGAGAAGGAUAGCCGUCGUAGGCACAAGGAGGAUUCAGAUGAUGGGAAGAGAAUUAGGGAUAGGGAAAGGAGGCAUAGAGUUGAUAGAGAUAAUGAUAAUGAAAAGGAGAGGGGGAGAGGUCGUCGGAGUCGUUAUGAGGAAGAUUCAGAUGAGGAGCAUGAUAGGAAGCGGAAUUCGGAUAGGGAAAGGAGGCAUAGGGUUGAUAGAGAUAAUGAUAAUGAAAAGGAGAGGGAUCGGCGCGGUGACGAUGAUAGAAGGAGGAACGGGGAGAGGAGUCAUCGAGUUGAAAAGAAUGGUGACAAUGAGAGAGAAGAGAGUAGGAAGAAAGAGGAAGAACGUGCGGUGAUACCGGAACUCAAUGGUGAUUCAUCUAAGUUGGGGAAAAGUGGCGGUGUUUACAUUCCACCUUUUAAGUUAGCAAGGAUGAUGAAAGAAGUUGAUGAUAAAAGUAGUCCGGAGUAUCAACGGCUGACUUGGGAUGCUCUGAGGAAGAGUAUAAAUGGAUUGGUAAACAAGGUCAAUGCUGCCAACAUUAAGAAUAUAAUUCCGGAAUUGUUUGCUGAGAACUUGAUUCGCGGAAGAGGGCUUUUCUGUAGGUCCUGUAUGAAGUCUCAGAUGGCAUCUCCUGGGUUUACCGAUGUAUUUUCCGCAUUGGUUGCUGUUGUCAACACGAAAUUUCCUGAAGUGGGGGAUCUUUUGCUCAGAAGGAUUGUUCUGCAGCUAAAAAGAGCGUAUAAGCGGAAUGACAAGCCUCAAUUGCUUGCUGCUGUUAAGUUUGUAGCACAUCUGGUGAAUCAGCAGGUGGCUCAUGAAAUCAUUGCGUUAGAGCUACUCACGGUUUUGCUCGAGAAGCCAACCGAUGAUAGUGUUGAAGUAGCUGUUGGUUUUGUCACAGAAUGUGGUUCAAUACUGCAGGAUCUCUCACCUAGAGGACUUCAUGGCAUCUUUGAGCGUUUCCGUGGAAUUCUUCAUGAAGGAGAAAUUGACAAACGUGUUCAAUUUCUAAUUGAAGGCUUAUUUGCAAUAAGAAGGGCAAAGUUUCAGGGUUAUCCAGCUGUUCGGCCUGAAUUAGACCUCGUGGAGCAGGAAGAUCAGUUAACUCAUGAAGUUUCCUUGGAUGAGGAAAUAGAUCCCGAGACUUCCCUCGAUAUAUUCAGAGCUGACCCCAAUUAUAUGGAGAAUGAAAAACGUUAUGAAGAGUUGAAGAAAUCCCUGCUAGGUGAGGAAGAGGAAUCAGAGGGAGAUGAUGAAGGCUCUGAUGCCGAAUCAGAUGAAGAUGAUGAAUCUGAUGAAGAGAAUGAGGAAAGCAUGCAGAUAACAGAUGAAACAGAAACCAAUCUUGUUAAUUUGCGGAGAACUAUCUAUCUAACAAUCAUGUCUAGUGUAGAUUUUGAGGAAGCUGGUCAUAAGCUUCUCAAAAUUCACCUCGAGCCAGGUCAAGAGAUGGAAUUGUGCACUAUGCUUUUGGAAUGUUGCAGCCAAGAAAGAACUUACCUCCGAUAUUACGGUCUUCUGGGCCAGCGGUUCUGCAUGAUUAACAAAGUACAUCAAGAAAAUUUUGAGACAUGCUUUGUGAAACAAUAUUCCAUGAUCCAUCGACUUGAAACAAACAAAUUGCGAAAUGUGGCAAAAUUUUUUGCUCAUUUGCUUGGGACAUUUGCUCUGCCUUGGCACGUCUUAUCAUACAUUCGCUUGACUGAAGAGGACACGACUUCUUCUUCGCGUAUAUUUAUUAAGAUUCUAUUCCAGGAAUUGUCAGAGCAUCUUGGCAUCCGGCUGUUAAAUGAGCGGUUAAAUGAUCCUACAAUGCAGGACUCUUUUGAAUCCAUAUUUCCUAAAGAUAAUCCUAAAAACACACGAUUCUGCAUUAACUUCUUCACAUCCAUUGGACUUGGUGGUCUUACUGAGAAUCUACGUGAAUAUUUGAAAAAUAUGCCACGUCUGAUCAUGCAACAACAGAAGCAAGUUCCGGAUUCAGAUUCAGAUAAUGAAUCUGCAAGCUCCGGUUCAUCAGAUUCGGGAUCCAGUUCCGAGUCAGAGUCUGACUCAGCAAGUUCUGAUGAAAGUGAUAGAAAAAGAAGUAAACGUAGAAGAAAGUAAAGCAUUGUAUGCUAUUGUCAAAACCCCUUGCAUAAACAAACCCGUGGUUGGAGAAUCCAUGGUUUCGCAAUCUUUCAUGUCAGUGAAUGAACUUGCCUUUUUAAAUGUUUUCUAGAAGGGAGAAUGGGCUCUGCUGGUUUAAAGGGAUGUGAAGUUUGUUUACUGGAUAGUUUUUCUGCUUGGAGAUGAUUACCUAUCUAAUGUGGAUUUAUUGCUUUUUUCCUAAGAUCAUACUUUUUAGUUUAAACUCUGGCUUUGAAUUUUUGUAUCAAAACCUUCAGAUUAGAACCUUUAAGCUGUGGAAACUGUAGAUCAAAUGGUAAUUGAGAUGCUCCAUGGUGGGUUUUUUAAAAUAUUUGAAUUGAAUUUUGUUAGUUAUUUAUUAUCCGAGUGAUUCAUUGCUCA